AUCUGAGUUCCAAUGUCCCUCAAGAAGUGAUCAUUCCUGGAAGCUUUUAUAACUCACAACACUGCCACCAUGAAUAAUCAACAAUUCCGAAAACUUGUACUAGAUACGCCCGCAAGACAGGCCGCCACUGGAGAUAAGAAUUCAAGCAUUGGUGCAACUCCCAGACGAGAUGGCGCAAUACCUUCUGCACUUGGUUCUCGGAUGCGAAGUUCAAUACCCAUGACACCGUGAGCUUUAAACAGUCUUCUUGUGUAAUUUUAAUAAUGGGAAGCUAACUAAUAUUCUAGUCGUUCAGUAGGUGGCGUUGAUUUUGCACGUCAGGUAGCCGAACAACGAGCUCUAAGUAAUCCCGAACAACCCAAGAAAUUUCGUUCGGUCGCCGCACCUAAAGGCUCGAAACUUGCAGCUGGAUAUACCGAUCGCACAAAGCAGCGCAUCGAUGACGAUGAAGAUGACAAGGCCGCAAGAGUAAAGGCAUUGGAAGAGAUGAUGAAGUUACAACAAAUUGACGAAGCUACAUUUACAAAAUUGAGGGACGAGAUAUUGGGUGGUGAUGUUCAAAGCACGCAUUUAGUGAAAGGCUUGGAUUAUAAAUUACUAGAGAGGGUAAGGAGGGGCGAGGACGUCUUAAGUGGGAAGAAUGACGAUGGAGAGAAUGCUGCAGGAGAGGACUUGGAUGACGAGUUUGAGAAGUUGGAGGAAAGAGAUGUUGUUGCGGUUGAGAAGGAGAAGAGCAAAAAGAAAGGGGAGAUGGCACCACCUAGUUUGAUUCCGGGAAAGAAGAGAACUCGAGAUCAGAUUCUGGCAGAGAUGAAAGCAGCGAGGCAGGCGGCGAAGGAGGCAGCGCAACCAUCUUUAGGAGCCAGGUUCAAGAAAGUUGGAGCUCCAAAAUCAACGACUAGGAUGGAAAGGGAUGAAAAAGGAAGAGAAGUUCUCAUUAUCGUUGAUGAAAACGGCAAUGAGAAAAGGAAGAUCAGGAAAGUGCAGAUGGAACCGGAAUCAGAGAAAGGAAAUGGUCUAUUGAUGCCGGACAAAGAUGCAAAACCGUUAGGAAUGGACGUUCCAGAAAUACCGAAAGAGCCAGAAUCAGAGGAAGAAGAUAUCAAUAUAUUUGACGAUGCAGGAGAUGAUUAUGAUCCAUUAGCUGGGCUUGAAGACGAAGAUUCGAGUUCAGAUACGGACGCUGAAGAUGGAGAAGUUACGGAAGAUAGUCAACGAAAGAAACCUAAGACUCAAGGUUCACAUCAAGAAACACCUACAUCUGGAAGUAUGGCACCUCCUCCACGACCUGACAAACCUAGAAACUACUUUGGUGAAUCUGAGCCUGCAGCGACAGAAAACGAGACCAAACCAAAAGCAUUCAGUGACCCAACUAUUCUCGCCGCUCUGAAGAAAGCAUCUACCCUUAAUCCUAUAUCAAAAACUCCAGAAACAGCAGAUGAAGCAGCAAAGGAAGCGCGGCGGAAAAAGAUGCUACAACAAGAUGAUCGUGACAUGGAGGAUAUGGAUAUGGGAUUUGGAAGCAGUCGAUUUGAGGACGAAGCUGAUUUUGAUGAUACGAAAGUUAAGCUUUCUGCGUGGGGUCAAGGAGAAGAUGAUGAAGGUGAGAAAGGAGAAGGGAAAUCUAAGAGGAAGAGAGGUUCUAAAAAGAGAAAGGGUGAUGCGAAUAGUGCUGCGGAUGUCAUGAAGAUCGUAGAGAGUAGGAAAGCUGGGUCCUAGUUAUCAUAUAAUAACAAACACAUUCUUCAUUUAACCUAUCUGGCUACUUCACCAAUUGUAACAUCGUAUGAAAAUUAUAC